AUGGUAGAACUAACGUCUGGAUACGCGAAAAACUCCGAAAAUAUCAGUAUGGAAAUCGCUCCUGGCACUGACGAUUCUUCCAACGGCAGUGCUACAUCAGUUGCCGACCUUAGCAACACGGAAAGCACCCCUUUCAGCGUUACACCACCCGUCACCAGAGCCAGAGCCGCCUCAAUUCCGAAUGCUCCUGCGCAAUCCGCUAACCUGAGUGGUACGGAAGGUACUCCUUCAAGUGUUACACCAUCAGUCACCAGAGACCGAGCCGCCACUACUACCCCUAACGCUUCAGCAAGCGUGGAACCUCUAACUGCCACCCGAACAACGCCUACUCCACCACCAUGGCGAGAAAAAAGGGAGGCAGACCUUACAUCACCAUCGCCGAUAUGA